AUGGACUAUCCCAAUCUCCCCUCUGGCUACCAGGACCCGAUGCAAUACAGGCAACUCCACAAUCUUCCGUAUCCCUCUCCCGAAGGACAGAACAAAAUGGGUUCUUCCGCCCAGUAUCGUUCCGACGCCAUUACUUCACCGAAUGUUCACGGUCACCCGUUUAUUGCACGUCAGCCCUCGGCGAGCAAUAGGGAGAUCAAUUUAGAGGGCUUCGCUAGUAGCUCUGGUAAUUAUCUGCCGCCGCUACAACAGCCUGAUCUAUACACCGCUUCAGCCCAAUUCGACCAGGAUGCCCUUCGUCUUCCUCGUUCUUCCACCAUACACCCGCACGCCUCGCCUCAAAGUUGGCCACCGUACGAGCAUCCCAUCCCCUUGGAUGUCGCACUCUCCCUUCGCUAUGAUUCGUUCCCGAGUCCUUCGCCAUUUCCUCCGCCUCGACUCUCCCCUCCAUCAUACAGUAACGGCGGGUUGUCACGCGGGAUCCAUCCCCUCGCUGGUUCGUUGGAUCCUGCCACAGGCGUGUUCUACCGCACGCCAGACCACCCCCGUCUGCGUACUGCUCAGGCAUGUGAGAAGUGUCGCACGAGAAAGGCCAAGUGCAGUGGAGAGCACCCUUCGUGUAAACGCUGUAUAGCACGAGGACUAGUCUGCGAAUACGCCAAAGAAGGGCGGGUUAGAGGGCCGAACAAACCAAAGCUUAAACCACCCCCGACCACCGUGGCAGCGACGGACGAACCGUUCUCCUUAGCUCCGAGUCGGGCCCGUACGAUGAGCGCGAAUGACAGCACGUCGACCAGCGGAAACUCCUCCGAGCACCACGACGUCGCCUCUAUCCUGUCUUCGUUUCGUGCCAACGAGACGCGGCUCGGAGCACCCUCCUUUUCUGGAGUUCCUGGAUCCAGUCAGGCCCGAAGGAACUCGCUAUCUCUCGACGAGCAUCGACCCAACCGCUCUCGCCCGCCCAAUCUACAUUUGGACACCGCGUCUAACCAUGACCGCCGCAUCGGAGUCCCCAUACUACAACCCUCGCCGGGAAAUUCGCUGUACUGGACAGAAAGGGUUGGUGCGCAAUAUACGCAAGACAGUGUUCGUCACGAAUAUCAACAAUCACCGAGGAACGACCUGCCCAUACCGGAAGUUCAAGGAUUGUCGUAUCCCUCUCACAACUUCCCUGGCCCAGAACCCACGGUGGUGCCGCCAUUCGCGAGAUUUCCAUUAAGCCUGCAGCCAACCAUUGAUCUCAAUGGGCAAUAUCUAGGGUCUGGCUUCGAUCUGGCAGGGUCAAGCGCGACAGAGGGUGGAACCGAUACCUCGACGUUGAUGAGAUACCAACAAUCCCAGCAAAUCUCCGUCUGUCCUGUACCCGAGACUUCGAGCGUGUCCCAUGACCUGAAUCAUCAUAACAUUCGAAACUCCAUACCCGGCGACUUCGCUUCUGGCCCUUUCACGUCGCAAGGGGAGUAUCUCCCAGUGGAGUUCGAGACACUCAAUCAACAUGCCGACGCACCUAGAAACUCUAUGCCACAGGACAUCACUCCUAAUCUUACACCAACAUGGGUAGAGAUUUCGCCCACAUCAGUCCCCAUCUCAGGCAUCGAGACCAACGUUCCUUCAUCAGGUCUUUCUACAAGAUUUAGCAGUUCAGGAGUCCACACACCCUCUGAUGUAAAGGGAACCUAUCGUUCAAACACCGACCACAGUCCGGAACGAGUUUCCGCACAAGAUUCACAGGGUGUCGAAGGAUCUACACAACCUCGUGGUCAAGUCUCGCACCCAAGCUAUCAAUUGGAUUUGCGUAUGGACUGA